AUGGCCGCCGUCACACAAACGGAGUGCAUGCCGGAUGACACUGACACGCGCCGGAAUAGUAACGGGGAUGUCGAGGUCGACGUGAAUGCGACAACGCGCCCCGCACUUGCCAUGUUGACACUGGACGACCCCGACAGCUGUCGUGCCAUCGGGGACGCUGAUCAUGCCGCUGAUCAUGUCGCUGCCGUGUUUGAUAUUUCGCCCGAGGCUGCAGUUCACCUGCUUUGCUUUAAUGUCGAGGCUUUGGGGACGCAGUUUGUCGAGAGGCCUUCUGGGACGGAUGAGUUGAACUCGCAUAGCUCCACACCGCUGGAAUGUGGGACGCCUGUUGGUGAGGGUCAGCUGGGUGUGCAGUCGAUUGGGUUGCAUGUGAAUGAUCCGAAUGACUCGCCUAACCCGGCACGCGCGACAGAGGAGGCGGUUCAGUUGGCCAUUCUGGCGAAGAAGUUCCUUUCAAAGAAGGUGCCUGCCUUUCCUUUGAAGGAGUAUCUGCUGAGGCUGCACAAGUAUUGUCCUAUGUCUACGGCGGUGUAUCUCGCGGCCAGCGUGUAUAUAUCAAAGAUGACCUUGGAUGAGAAUGUUCUAAGGGUAAUGCCGAGGAAUGUGCAUAGGUUGGUGCUUGCUGGUAUAUGGGUAGCAUCCAAGGCGCUGGAGGACCUGAAGUAUUCACCUAGCCGGGUGGCCAAAGUAGGUGGUGUCUCCGAACAGGAACUGUCGAAACUGGAGAUCAGUUUUUGUUUCUUAGCCAAUUUUGAGUUGCGGGUUGAUGCACAGAUGCUUCUGAAUGAGACCUUGCGCUUCAAGUCUCCUGAAUAG